AAAUAAAAUAAAAUAAAAGAGAUUUUAAAGUCAGGAAGUCUAGAAGUGAAAAUGUUAUCUAUGGAAUAAUCCUAUAUGAAUCUUAUACAGGGCUAAUAAUAUAUAUAGAAUUUGUAUGGAAACCUUUUUCAUAUAGUUUGAAUAAGGAAUAUUUAAUUUAACAUAAUUACAAUUAUGCAGUUUUCCAACAUGAAACUAAUAUAUUGUUCAAUUUUAGUACUUUUUUUUUUCAGACAUUCUUCUCAUGCGGGUGGAGAAUUAAAACACUAAAAUAUCAUUUGAAAAUACUAAAGUCGUAUCUCUUACAGCAAGUAACGUAACUCUUAGCUGGCUGAGAGCAAUCUCCUGCCAAGUGACGACGUCAUCAUUGCCGUAUCAGCAUUUGUUCCUUUUAACCUCAAUAAUCUGCUUGCACAGGCUUCAUCUCGUGCUUGCAAAAGCAGAUUGACUGGAGAAAGGAAUGCUUAGCCCGAACUUCUCAUGGGCAAGGCAGACGUUAGGUACAAAUGUCUAUCCGUAUGCGCAAUGCAACUUUAGCUAAGGAGUUGCAAUCAUUUUAAAAUUAAUAACAAAAUAAGCAAAUAGAAUUUCUAUAACAACAAAAUGAAUUAAUUUUUCUGAACCUCAUAGACAUUUAGAAGUAUCAAGAUACAUAUGUGAAAUAUUUACUUGCAACAUUAGCCUAUUACAAUUCAAGUAAAACAUUCAUGGGAAAAUGUCACAUUUUCUUGAAAAACCCAAAGUUUUUUUAGAAAUUAGUUACAUAGUGGGGUUUUUUUUCGUUGCAUCUCCUACCUAUUAAUAAUGUUUUAAAAAUUAACCUCAGAGGAUGCGCACGAGAAAAUUGAAUAUGAAACUUUUGUUAGGGCACAUAGAAUCAUGAUUAAUCUUCUCUUUGACUCUUAUGUUGCCUGGCAAUCUUACAAAUAGCUCCAUUUUCCACUUCUUUGUCUAGUAACUUACUACCAGUAAUAUCGAAUUUUCUUUGAGAUUCGUAAUGAUAUCUAUUUAUUUUUUAUAAUUCUGGAUAUUUUUACAAGUCAUCAUAGACCUGGAUAGGUUCACUCAUUGUUAAUGCCAUGGAUAAAAAAGUUUGUACAGCGGACUCUUUUGAAUUCCAAAAUAUCAGCGAAUUCAUGUGGGUUACGUCUGGUCUAAAUGGCUCUCUCCCCUCCCCUGUAUUUGGAUGUCGUUUGAAUUUACUUUGCCCUUGUGACAAGUAUAAUUUCACUUGCAGGCUGAUUAAUGGAACCUGGUUACAGUAUCCUGCAGUACGAGAAUUUCACAUCGCAACUUCGAAAAAAAAAAUCGUUCGUCGUGGCGGACGACUACAGUCAAGUAACAACCGCCUACAAUGUGAAAGGAAUUUCAUGGACUUCUUCGACCGACACCGUAUCUCGUCGUUAAUCUCGUUUUAAUGCGGAAUGCUCCGGCUACUGUCGGAAUCGACUAAAAAAAGGGACAUACUUCCGACAAUUACGACCCGAAGGAUAUUCAACUCUACUUUGCUGGCGAAGGACUCGUGCUGGGAUGAUCUAUUCAUCGCGAACGUAAUCGUGUAGCUUAGGAUGCAGAGAAUAAGUAUGAGCGCAAAAUAGAACGUUGGACCCGCCCAGGCAAAUUUUCCCCUUGUUUUAACCAUUGAAAAAGGCCGUUUCAAUUGGCUAUAGGUGGUUGUCUGGAACUGUGUAAUGGACGAAAAGUUGUUCGAAAGCUAGUUAAAAGUGAAGUAGUAUAACCUCGGUCAUGUAUCCUAUAUAUAUAAAGUAUCAUGUAUCCUAUAUAUAAUUGAUCAUAAAUAACAGAGUCGAAAUAUAUCUUUGCGUGUACGCAAUAGGAAUCUCUUAUAUAAAUGAUCAUAAAUAACAGAAUCUAAAUAUAUCUUUGCGUGUACGCAGUAGGAAUCUAUUUAAAGUGCACAUAUAUUAAUCAUAAUUAUAUGAAUCCAUAUACCAAUGUAUAAACAAAUCAGGUAGCCUAUAAUCAAUCUGUUACCUUUUAUCUUCCCAAUAUCUGCAGUUAUAUAUGAGUUAGUAUAUUGAUUAAUGAAUCAGAAAUCAACGAAUCAAUCAGCAUAAACAUUAAUAAUUUUAUCAAUUCAAAUAUGAAAAUUUUUAUCAGUUAAAAUAUGAUUUUUAUCAUGUUAAUCUUCAUUCUAUGCAAUUAUCAGAGUACAUUAGUAUUUUCUGUAGCAUAAGUAUCUUAAAGAGAUGAAGUGAAAAACUGUAUCAUUAUAUAUAUCAUGUGAUCACUAUUAUUUACCAAUAUCAUUGUUUUAUAUUUUAUUACUUGAAUCAAUUCAUGUACACAAUGAAUUUUUAUUUACUUAUAUAUAUAUAUAUUCACAUAGUGUCUGUAUCACACUCCUAUAAGUCAAAUGCAAGUCAAGUUUGAGUAAUAUUCAGUAGUUGGUUUUGGUAGCUGACCGAGCUAAUGUAAGUGUUUACAUAAUAAAAUAUGGAAUGUUAGUCCAUAUAUAUAAAAGUCUAAAACUAAAGAGGUCAACCAGAUUGCUUGCAGGAAUGUGAUCAGACUAGAGACGCUAAAGAUGACGUAUACAAUAAGUAUGUAAGCUAAGAUAACAUGCCGUCACCUGUAGUCAUUCAAUUGUUUAUAAACAUUAGUCCAAGCUCCCUGCUUGAGACAACUACCCCGACCUAUUAUUCAAACGGCCUACGUGAUCUGUAGCGUGUCUCAUUCGAUUGUGUGUUCGUAUGAAACCAUGUCAUUGUAUGUAUGUUCAUAUGUUCGAACUACUGUCUGUUCCUUCAUAACUUGUAACAGAGAUGGUAGACAGGCAGAACAGAGUUAGUGAUCGUCAUUAGAAGACCUGUACCUCUUUACCUAAGCUUUAUCAUGUAGAGGAAUAGGAUUAGCCAUCAUCAUUGGCAGAAGCGAUCAAGCUAUCGUCAUAGAAGACUUGUACGAUCAUAUCUGAUCUUCAUCAUGUAAAACUUCAGAAGAAUAUACUAUUUUUAUACCUUGUGUUUUCUACAAGAACCUCACCGAACCAUGAUAAUACCGACUUCGUAAGUGAUCUACAAAACCCCAGACACUCCAUUGAAGAUGGAAGUGCAAUACCAACCGACUUAGCGUAUAGAUUAUCGCUAGUCUAACAUUACCUCAUAGGGCGCCUUAUCAUAUAGGCACAAGCCCUAAUAUAUAUUGCUUUCAUCCGCUCAGUGAUAGAUUAUCUUUCCCCUGCACUAUGUCAACUCUCCAGAUCAACUCUACAGCCGCUUGAAAAAUUCCAGAACCAAGCAAUGAGAUUCAUUCUAGGUUGUCCAGCAUCCACUAGAAUUGUAAACAUGCAACACGAACUCCGUAUCCCUCCACUCGUUGAGCGAAUAUACUCCAAUGUCACCUACUUCAGUAUCAAAUGCCUGUAUUACCCUCACCUUUCUCCUCACUAUUCAAACAUCAUCAGAACUUCUCUGGAUCUAGAUGCACCUCGUCCACAACUACGCCAGGGGGGACGUACACUAGUUAGUACUGUCUGUUCAAGCAUUCGGGGGCUUGACAUCAACAUCGUGGCAGAGAAUGUGGAUCAUGGCCUUGCACCCUGGCAGACUCCUGUGCCAGCAAUCUCUUACACUCCAGUCUCUAAGACUGACUUGCCUCAACUUCAACAACAACGUGCAUUGGAGACCAUCGACAGACUAUCCUCAUCCCUCAGUGUAGCCCAUCACCUCUACACAGACGGCUCCCUACAGCAGGAUGGCAGUGCUGGAUGUGCUGUUUUCUCCCCCACUUUGGAACCCCCGCCAGGAGGCUGGAUAGGCCGUCGCCUCCCAGAGUCAUCAAGCUCCACGUAUUGUGAACUACAUGGACUUCUAGAUGCAGUUAUUUUAAUCACACGGACCAGAAACAAUGGCUUGAUCAUCUGCGACUCGCAACCAGCACUCCAAGCCCUUUCAUCACAUAAGCCAGCAUACCAGCCCCUGUUACACAAAUACAUAGGCAACUAG